AUGACUGCACAUGGAGGUGACCAGUUGGAAGAUUCGUCUAAUGGAGUAUUAAUCGCCAUCGAUUGGGAAAACAUACGUCGCGGGGCUCAACUCUAUCAGAAAAUCGUAACUCCUCAAGCGUUGUACGGAGCCAUGACCAAUGUGGGACAGGUAUUUGGAGAGGUAUUGGGCGGGAAAGCAUUUGGAGACUGGAGCCUCAGACCGGAAGACGGCACCGCGUUCACGCAAGCCGGUAUAACGCUUUAUCACGCGCCCAGGACCAUGGCCGGAAAAGACCGGAGCGACCCCUCCAUCCUGCUGGAAGUUUAUGACUGGCUGCGAGAUCGGGAAGACUGUCACGUGGUGAUUCUCGGUUCGGGAGAUUCCGACUACCAGGUGCUGGUCGACCGGGCCCGGGGCAUGGGCCGGCGCGUAAUUCUGUGCGCUUUCAGCCAGUCGGUCGCCCGUGAUAUGCUCGCGGUCGCACCGUUGUUCCCGCUGGAAGCCGAACUGGGUUUCCAGUUGGCCGAACAUGGUGACGUGGAAAUCCAACUGCCGACGCCGGAGGAACAGGCUGAAGCGGCCCAGGAUGUGCGCCAGGUUUUCGUCCGCGAAAUGGGCAGGCUGGAAUCCCGAAUGAACUUCGUGGGAUACAGUAUGCUGUGCAACCAGUGGAUGCUGGACUGGGGGAUCGCCUGGAACGAAUUCGAAUGCCGCCAGCUGGUGGAAGAAUGGCUUUAUGAAGGUAUCAUUGAACGGCACGAUGUUCCCAACCCCAACAACCCCCAGUACCCCACCUCAGCGGUGAGGCUGAUGCGCACCAACGAAACGGUUCGCGACAUGUUGGGAUUGAACCGGCCGGCUAUCUCCAAUCCGGUGGUCUUAGCCAUCGAUGAUCAGAACCAUCACGACCCGGAGUAA